AUGUCCAAGUCCCCCGAGCCAUUUACCUGGAAAAACGGCUUCCGACAGCCCUCUGCAGGCGAGCCUUGGAGAUAUCCCAAGCCUGGCGCAGAGAAAUUCCCUAAUCCUCAACCGCACUAUGUGACUCCUCCCUCUGUUGAUAUCGUGACUUCGUCUGUGCAUAAUUCCCUUGGGGAGAGCAGACUGCGGUCAUGGCCCACCAUCUUCAACGGCACGAACUCGCCCGCUGGACCACUGGGUUGGUGGAAACCAUCUAGCGAGGUGGAUGUGCUCAUUGUAGGAGCCGGACCAACAGGUCUAGAAAUCGCUCUCAGCCUUGUCCGCCAGGGCGUUGACAUCCGGAUUCUGGACAAAAACGAAGGGCCUCUGCCUAACGGCCGUGCCGAUGCUGUAUUGCCCCGAUACUUGGAGAUCCUUCAUGCAUGGGGCAUCGCGACGGAGGUCAGUGAGGAAGGGCCCCUGAUCGAGCGGACGGCGAUCUGGCGAGACGGAAAGGUCCUCUUCCACGGCCGCACGCAUCAAUCGGACUCGCGGUACCGGGGCCUCCACGUCAUUACACAGGGUCAGGUGGAGCGGAUCUUUGUCCGAGAUCUGCUGCGGCAUCAAGUGCUGGUUGAGCGCUGCACAACUCUCCAAGAUUACACGGUUUCUGAGUCUCCUGGAGAUCCUGGCAGGCCUGUCCGAGCGGUCAUUCGAGAUAACCGGACCGGUGAGACAGAGACCGUUCGCGCCAAGUUUCUGGUUGGAAGCGAUGGAGCUGCGAGCAUGAUCCGCAAGAAGCUCAAUAUCCCCUUCCAUGGCGUGAGUACGGAUAUGUACUGGGGCAUCAUGGACGGGAAAUUCGAGUCUGACUACCCUCAUGCGUGGAUCUUUGGCGGCUAUCUGAGCACGGAGCAUGGUUGCUGCGUGAUUAUUCCGCGCGAGGACGGGCAUAUUCGGCUGUAUACGCAGCUCAACCUGUCACUGAUUGAGCGUAUCGCCAAAGAACGACAGGAACGGGAUCCUUCCUUCAAGGAAGCUGGAGGCAAGGUGGAUACUAACUCCAUCACGCCCGAUGAGGUCCUCGAGCAGGCGAAUCGCAUCUUUACACCGUAUACUGUCCGGUUUGCCUCGCCGCUGACCUGGUUUGCGAUUUGGAAAGUCAGUGAGCGGGUCGCAGAGGCCUUUUCCUCUGAUGAUCUGCGAGUUCACCUCGCCGGUGAUGCUGCCCACGUCCACAGUGUCUUCGAAGCCUUUGGACUCAACGCCUCAAUCCUCGACGCCUCUAACCUAGCCUGGAAACUCGGCUAUUGCGCGCGCAACCUAUCCCCAAUCUCAGCCCUCCUUCCGACGUAUGACUCGGAACGCCGUCUGCAUGCCGCCAACGUCGUCGAGAUAUCCGGCAAAUACCUCCGCUACUGCUGCAACUCCGAUGUUCCCGUGCUGCACACCCACUCGCUGGGCAAGGACCUGGGCGCCGAGGCUAUCGAACACGCCGUGCGCGGGGAACCUUACGGCCUAUUCCCACCCGGCACUUCAUUGCCCGAACACCUCUACUUAGCAGACUUCUACACCAAGUACGGCGCCUUCAUGCUCGGACUAGAUGUUGCCUACGGAAAGUCCGCCUUAUGCCGUCGCCACCCCUCCGCAUCAGAUCUCGAGAUAUCGCCAGUUGUGGCUGUCGACAGCGGUGUUCGCGCGCCGAACCCGCGCGUGAGUCUCAACCGCAACAGCACAGGCUAUUUGUACGAUGUAAUGCGCGGCGCCGGGUUCUUUCACCUGGUGCUGUUCGUCUCUUUCUGGGAGGGCGCGGUGGCCACUUAUGUCAGGCGGUUUGCGCAGGCGCUGGCUGAUCCGAAUGGGUUCUAUGUUCGCUUUGGAGGUCGCCGAGUGUUCAAUGUUGUGGUUGUGACGAAGUGUCUGCCGUUUGAAUUUGAAGAGAGGCUGGCAGACCCGGCGUUGCAGGCCCUGAAGGCAAUUGCUACGGUCGUCUCGGAUGAUCGUGCGCCGGAUGAGGACGGGCAUACCGUGUGGGGGGUCGAUCAUGGCACCGGGGCGGUUGUCGUUGUCAGGCCUGACCUCUGGGUAGGAUGUAGUGCUCGACCGGAUCGGGUAGAGGACCUGGAUGAGUAUUUUGCGGGGUUUUUGAUCCCGCAGCUCCCCCUGUCAUGCUUCCCCCGUCGAUCCUCGGCUAACGCCGAGGUGUCUCCUUUGCAUUCGUCUUUUUGA